AAGAUUCAGUCAGGUGCGAAGCACCGAGCGAUACAGACGUGUUCGUCUCUCAGUGAGCCAAGUUUUGAUCUGUUACCAAAAAGAAAGUAAAAACCAACAAGAUUUUGCUCAAAUAUCCUCAGCAACAAUUUUACCAAAAAGCAAGAAAACUAAAAAAAAAUAUAGAAAAUUUCUAUUGUGAAAAUAUCUUUUGCGGCGCAUGAGAAAUUUUGCAAGCCAAGUGAAUAAAGUGAACAAAUAUUGCCAAGGCUAGACCAAAAAGUCGCAAAAAAAAAAAAAGUAAAAAAGCCAGUGUUCAAAAUAAAAGUUGAAUUGAAAAGAAAUGAAAAUGAAUCAUUUGUCGCCACCGCCAUCACCGCACUCGCAGCCCAGUCCGGCGGGCUACGCAAAUCCAGCGCUCGACAAGCAAUGGAUGCAGCGAGCCUCAGCCUUCAACACUGUGAUAGCAUCUGCCGCGGCCCAAAAGCUCAACAACAGAGAUCUGCCUUUCCUCUACAAUCCGCUGCUCUACUCGAGCGCUCUGCUAUGGCCACAGUUUCUGCUCUCCUCAGCUUCGAUGCUGGGCACACCGCUGACACCCAUGACGCCAAAAUCACCCGCCUCCGUCAUACUAAAUCCACGCGAUCGCGACUAUGCGUUGACUCCAGAAAAGGAGCAAGAACAGCAGCUGAUCAGCAGCAGCAACAACAGCUCAUUGCAGCAGCAGGUAGAUGAGGAUAUGCCAUUGAAUCUUAGCACCAAGCAACGCCACACUGCCUACUCCGAUCAGGAGCAGGAUCACGAUCAUCACCACGAUCACAACAGCAGCAACAGCAGCAGCAGUGGCAGUCUAAGCGGACGCAGUCUCAGCGAUGCCGAGCAGCGGCUGCAACUCGGCUCGCUCAGCAAUGUGACGCCUCCGCCUCUGAGGGCUGUGAAUCUAAAGACAGCAAAUGCGAUGACACCGCAGCAACGUCGCUCACAAGGCAACAUCAUUUGGUCGCCGGCUUCGAUGUGUGAGCGGAACACCCGUAUGGAAAGCUCUCCGAUGGAGGAUGAUGAGGAGCAGCAAGUAGAUCCCAUAGUGCGCAAGUUCAAGUACGAACGUCGUUCGGCUGCCUCGAUAUCGUCGCUGCAGUCGCCGUUGUCGUCGCUGGCGCCGCAAACAAAUGCGGCACAGGAUCUGGAGUUUGAGAAUGCGCAGCAGCAGCUGUAUGCGCAUCGCAGUGCUUUCAUGGCUGGCCUCGCGGGCAACAAUCUGGAGUUACUCACACAGCACCUGAAGUCGCAGCAGCAACAUCAACAGCAACAACAACAAAAGCAACAACAACAGCAUCAAGAGCAGCAGGUUAAGAUUGAGGCCGAACAGGAUAACAACCGUUCGGCUGCCGCUCUCAUGGGACUUGUGGCAGCCGCCGAGUAUGGCUAUAUGCGUAAUCAACACCAACAGCAACAACACACGACUCAGCAGCAGCAGCAGCAGCAACAACAGUUGCAACAUCAGCAGCAGCAGCAGCAACAUCCUGAUUCAACUGCCACAGAUGUUGUACUUCGUUCGUCCUCCUCAUCAUCAUCGUAUAUAAAAAGCGAGUGCGAGGAGAAACCCAGUGGACGAAACUUUCAGUGCAAACAAUGCGGCAAGUCGUUCAAACGCUCCUCGACAUUAUCCACUCACCUGCUGAUACACAGCGAUACCCGGCCAUAUCCCUGCCAGUAUUGUGGCAAGCGAUUCCAUCAGAAGUCCGACAUGAAGAAACACACCUACAUACAUACCGGUGAAAAGCCCCACAAGUGCACCGUCUGCCUGAAAGCGUUCAGCCAAAGCUCCAAUCUGAUCACGCACAUGCGCAAGCACACAGGAUACAAACCCUUCGGCUGCGGACUCUGCGAUCAAUCAUUCCAGCGCAAAGUGGAUCUGCGACGUCAUCGGGAGAGUCGCCACGAGGAGGCUGUUGGCGCUCUGACGCCGCCCGCUCUGCUCAAAAUGGAGGUCAGCAGCAGCAGUUGUUAACGAUCACCACUGAUCGUCAUAGUUCGUAGUUCAUGAGACACACCAGAGACCACCACAGCAAAGAAUCCCAGUCGGAUCAACCCAAAACCAGUUAUAACGAUCACGUUGGCAAAAGUCGUCUAAGUCGUCGCUAUGAAGCCAAAGUUUUGUUUUGUUUAGGCAUCCAAAAUAUAGUUCUUACUAUUUGUUAAGGGAACUCCCAUAAGAUCAAUGCUCCCGCCCCCCGCAGCCCUAUUGCUCAACUCUAGAUCUAAGCUCUGUAUAUACUGACAACCACAACAACAAAAAUACAAAAGACUUUUCAUUAGUUCUUAAAAGUUAGUAUUAACAAAACACAAUGAGUAUAUUCUAGAAGUAAGCUAACAUAAUUUAUUAUACUAAUUUUACUCUAUGAUUUCUUAUGAACCCUUUUUUGAUUUUUUUUUAUUCUAACGAAAAAAACCAAAUUCCAAAUUGGCCUAGUAAAAAGCAAAGAAAACGCAGCUAAAAGUACCAAAGAAUACCAAACAACAACAUCAACAACAACAAAGAACACUUGGCAAAACGCGUCAUUAAAAUUGUCAAAAUUAUUUGUCUGUCUCAAUGUUAAAUUUAACAAUAAUUAUCAUAUUUAUUUAAACAUUAAUUAUUUAAGUUCAUCAUAAAUUCUUUAGUUUUAAUUAUUAUGUGUAUAAUUUAUAAACUUAUUUUCUUUGUAUUUAGUUUAUUUUGAUUACAUAUUUGAUUUGGCGAAAAUA